AUGAGCCCUCCUCCGCCACCCUACCUCUCUCCCGGCUUCGACCCGACAAAGGCCAAAGUCGCAGAGCUGCGCGGCUACCUCCUCGCACACGACGUCCAGUACAGCUCGAUCGCCAAGAAGCCCCAGCUCGUCGCCCUGUUCGAGCAGCACAUUCGCCCGCAAGCACCCGCUCUCGUCGCCCAGAUGCGCGGCGUGCGCGCCUCGGCCGACGGCAUCCUCGACGGCGAGAGCGCCGGCGCCACGUCGCUCAGGGAGCUCGACACCGACUCGGACGCCGACUCGCCGCCCAAGCCCAAGCCGCGCUCGCGCACGAGGAAGAGCCUCGCGACCGCCGCCGCCUCCACCGCGACCACCGCCGCCGCCCCGACGCCCAAGCACAAGGCCCAGUCGAGCGCCAAGAGCAAGGUCAAGGCGCGCGCACCGCCGCCGCCGCCGCCGCGCCGUGACGACUCGGGCGACGAGGACGACGACGAGUCGAUGGACGAGGACCCGCCGACGCCGCCCAAGAAGCGUGGCCGUCCGCGCAAGUCGGCAAAGCCGCGCUCGCCGUCGCCGCCGUCGCCGUCGCUGUCGCCCGUCGCCAUGGACGUCGACGAGUACGAGCCGGCGGGCGACUCGACGGCGCCCAUCGCGAGCGACCACGGCUCGGACUCGGACGACCCGUCGACCCGUCGCGUGCACGCUCGCGCUCGCCCUUCAUCCUCCUCGUCGUCGCAGGCGCAAGCGCAGGCGGCGUCGCCGACCAAGAAGCGCAAAGAGCCGAGCACGCCGCGCCUGAGCGAGCUCGUCAAGCAGGCCGACUCGCCCGCCUCGGGCUCGGGCAACUUUAGCGACUUUAACCCGUUCCAGUCGGGCGGUGAGGAGACGCCCGACCGGGCCCUCAAGCGCCGCAAGUCGUCGGUCGGCCCGAGUCGCCUCGGCAAGCCCGCGGGCGGCGGCGGCGGCGUUGGCGGCGGCGGCGAGGCGGCGGCGGCGUUGGCGGCGUCGACGCGCCCGCGCAAGAGCCUCCCCGCCCACCUGCACCAGCACCAGCACCACGGCCGGGCCGACGUCGACCAAGCGGGCUCGUGGGCCGACUCGCCCGCCAAGGGCGCAAAGCGCGCCCGCGCGAGCGCAGCCGCCGCGGUCGAGCACGCGCACGAGCACGAGCACGAGUACGCGGCCAACGUCCCGCCCAUGCCGGCCCUCCCGGCCUCGGUGCGCGCCAAGCACCAGCAGCGCGCCUCGCUCGGCUCGGCGUCGGCGUCGAGCACGCCGAUCGGCGUCCCGUACAUGGUCCCGGUCGCAAAAGUCAAGACGACGCCGCCGCAGGUCGCCGAGAUGCUGCGCCAGCACGAGGCGGCCCAGCAGCGCGCCUCGGCCUCGGCCCCGGUUUCGGCCUCGCCCCAGUCGUCCAAGCCGCCGCAGCUGUACUCGAGCCCGAGGACCCGCAUCGCGGGGCCAUCGCCGCACGCCGCGGCGCGCCCGAGGACGGCGUCGUCUUCGAGCCCGGACGACGAGCGCGAGCGCACGACGUCGGUCGUGGCGGCCGCCUCCUUGAGGACGGCCAAGCGCCAGGUCGUCGGGCAGGGCAAGCAGCUCGCGGCCGACGUCAUCCGCCUGCGCGACCCGUCGUCGUUGUCGUCGUCGCACGAGGCGCACGAGGCGCUCGUCGCGCUCCCGAGCGCGAGGACCGUGCGGCGCGUCACGCUCGCCGCGCUCGUCGUCGCCGCGCUCGCGCUCGUCCUGUGGCGCCGCGCCGAGACGAUCGCCGCCGGGUACUGCGACCCGACCUCGCUGUCGAACGAGCGCGUCGCCGCACGCCGCACGUCGCUCGCGCUCCCCUCGCUCCCGGACCUGUCCGAGCCGGUCGGCGCCUUGCUCGACUCGACGGGCCUGCGUCCAGGGUGCACGGCGUGCCCUCAGCACGGGCACUGCGCGCACGGCGAGUUCGUCGGCUGCGAGCUCGACCACGUCCCUGUCGAGCCCGGCUUGCUGCGCACCCUCGGCGGGCUCGUGCCCGCCCCGAGCGUGUGCGUGCCCGACACGGCCAAGCAGGUCGCCGUCGCGCGCCAGGCGAGCGCCGGAGCGCACGUCCUGCGCCACCGACGCGGCGAGGUCGUGUGCCGCUCUGGGCUCGAGAAGCAGCGCCGCCGCGACGCACAGGGCGGCCGCGGCGCCGAGGACGCGUUCGUGUUCGGCAUGGACGCCGUCAGGGUCCUCGAGGAGAUGGCGCGCGUCAACGAGCUCGCGAGGGAGCCCAUCAGCGACGAGUUCGUCGACGAGAUCAACCGGCUUGCGCUGAGGGACCUCGAGGCGCACGGCGAGGUCGUCGUGUGGCAGAACGGCAACGAGUACUGGUACGCGAGCAAGACAGCCGACAUGUCGCUCGGGUGCCGCGCGCGCCUGUUCGCCAAGAACUGGGUCAAGCAGCACAAGGGCUCGCUCGCAGGCCUGUUUGCGGCGCUCGCCGGCGUCGCGUGGGUGCGGCACAAGCUCGCGCAGCGCAAGCGCGACGAGGUGCGCAAGGAACAGCUCGUCGUCGUCGCCCUGCACCAGCUCCAGCAGCAGGCCCGCUCGCACCUCGCCGACCCAGUCCACGUCCCCUUUGCGCACGUCGCGCCGUCGCACCUGCGCGACCUCGUCCUGCAGGACGAGCACUCGCCCGCGCGCCGCGCCGCCCUGUGGCACCGCGUCGCGCACGUCGUCGAGGGCAACGCCAACGUGCGCGUGCGCGACGUCGAGAUUGGCGGCGAGGAGCUCAGGGGGUGGGAGUGGACGGGCCCGGUCAUGGGCAGUGGCGGUGGCGGCGGCGGCGCGGGUGCGGGGGUUGGGGAGGUGGACAGGCCGGCCAUGGUUGAGGGCGGACAGAGGGUGCUCGCGAGCUUGCCGUCGUCGCCGGCGCUCGCGAGGGCGUGAGGAGGGGGCGCGGCGAGUCUCUCUCUCUCUCUCGCGCGCGCGGGACGGACACGGGCACGAGCGAGGCGGGACAAAGGGCUUUGUCACAGCUUGAUCUUUGCAAUGUCACUCUGCGGGUCAUUCGUUCGUUCGAAAAUACACAGCGCCCAUGCUCUCGCUCCUUUGCCCGCCCCGCCCCGCCCGCUCGGCUGCGCUCGCCCCUCGCCCAGCUCGCUCUCAGUGCUUGCGGAACCCGUCGUCGUCGCCGUACGGGUCGCGGUACCGCUGCUGCGAGUCGUCGCCGCCACCGUACAGCGUGUCCUGCGACGCGUUGCCGGGACCCGCCGCCGCGCCCAUGCCGUCGUCCGUUCCCGCGCCUCCUCCCGCGUACAGCCUCGGCUGCGAGAUGCUCCCUCCACCGCCGCCGUGAGCGCCGUACGUCGGCGGCAAGGCGCCGUCGUCGUCGACGAGGCUCACGGCCGAGCCGAGCAUGGGGUCGUACCGCUGCGGCAUCUCGAACGCGUCCUCGGUCGCGUUCCACUCGUCGUCGUCGUGGUGGUGGUGGGCGUCGCGCCCUGGGACGGCGCCCCUCGCGUCCGAGUAGACGGCGUCUUGGCGCAGGGCGCGGCGGCGGAGGGUGCGCAGGCGGAGGAAGAUGAGGGCGGCGACGACGGCGAGCGCGACAAAGAGGGACGCGACAAAGACGCCGACAAAGCCGCCGUAGGUGCCGGCGACUUUGGGACCGUGGUAGGUCGAGCUCGGCGGGACAGAGUCGAAGGUGC